GAAAAAUUAUGGAAAAAGAAGAUAGCAAAGACAUAGAAGAGUUCUCUGCUUAUAACCUUGAUGAAGAGGAGGAAUUUAAGAUAGUCAAACUUGAACAGGAAAAUGAUACGAAAUUCUCUAUUAAUAAGAGGAGAUCUGUUGGAUCAUGUAAGCAACCGACCCAGCCCAGAAAACUAGGCGACUCCGGUGAGCACGGUCGGCCCUCGAUCCCACGCUUGACAGUCAAAGUGAAGAAACCGGGAGACAUAAAGAUGAAGGGGCAUCUUUCAAAGUACCAGCCGAAGGCAUUGGUAUUUGGCAAGUGGAAAGAUAGGUACUGAAUAUUGCAGAAGACAAAAUUCAAGUACUAUAAGAGCAAGGAGGACAAAUAAACCUCUUGGAAUUGUCGACUUUGACAAAGUUGAUACUACAGUUGUCUUAGAUGAUAAGGACGAUAAAGCUUUUUAAAAUAACAAUGAGAGGACAAGAGAAAGAAAUCAUAUUAAAAGCUUCGAGUGAAGAACAAGCAGCCAAAUGGGUUGAAAAGAUGGAGAAAAUGAUUAAGAAAUCCAAGGGCAGGAAGAAAGAGCUGACUAUGCUUCAGCCUAAGUUCUGGAAAGAGGAAUAUUUAGAUGUUGAUGAAUUCAAAGAACUAGCAGACAAUGGUGACCUCUUGUUGUUUAAGUCCCAAACUUUUGGAACUAAGUUCCAAAGAGUAGUCACAAGGUCAGAAUACGAUCAUGUGGGAAUGAUUGUUCUCUGUGAGACCGAUAAAGACGUCAAUACUAUAUUCCUGCUUGAAGCUGUCUGUGAUGACGGUGUCAGACUUGUUGAGUUUUUGCCAAAUCUAGACAAGUAUUUUGAUGCAUACCCAAAAAUUGUCUAUCGGCCUCUCCAGGGCAUAGAAAGAGACGAAAAGUUACUAACAGACCUAGAUGAUUACUUAGAAGAAGUACUUGGAAAGAAGUAUAAUAUUAGCUUGACAAAAUUGAUGAGGAAAACGAUGGCUCCAAGGAAUACCUUAGGUAAAUUUACUGAAAAAGAAGACCGAACAUUCCAGUGAGCCGAACUAGUAGCAAAAAUGUACAAAGUCCUUGGAAUUCUUGGGCCUACAUCCCACUCAUGACAGUAUAUGCCCGUUCAUUUUACGGAUAAGAGGACUAUUACACUAAACAAGGGAGAAUUUGGACCGCAAUGUUCUAUCCUAGAUCCUGAUAUUCAGCUAUAACUUCUCAUUAUGAACUGUUGACCUUCUUUUAUGGUAUGCCAGAAAGUACUAUUACAAUUCAUCAGGUGUCAUCCCAUCAGAUUGAAGGUUAUUUUCAAUAAAAGUUCCAC